GGGAAGAUGCUGUUGCAAGCGCUGGCACAGGAGGUGGUAAGGAUCGGAGGGGCGAGACUGGAGUGGAGUUGUCUGAGGUGGAACGAGCCGUCAUUACAGUUUUAUGCAAGUCUGGGAGCGGAGAGGAUGGAGGACUGGGUUGCGCUGAGGGUUGAUGGGAAAGCGUUAGAGGACCUGGCUUUCGGGCGCACCGAAGCAGUCAAGACAUAGCCGUGUCACGCUCGUCUUUCUGUGCCUUGAGCUGGGGUGCUCCUUCCGCGAAGCACCGGAGCCGCAUAGCGACUUUCCCAAUUAGCGGCGUUACUUGAGGCAGGCACGCAUGCGGGGCUUGCGGCGCACCGGCGCUUUGAAUUGUGCAAGGGUGCCAACAAUCUCUCACUCGCAUUGGAUAUUAUCACUGGCAGCGGCAUGGCACCACACGCUUCGUUUGGUCAACCCAGCCAGCUUGGGCACUCCCAGAGCUUGCAGCGCACAUCUUCUACAGGGAGCGUUGCACCUACGGGCAGACUUGAUGAAGCAAAGCUCUUCAAUCAAGAAGCAUUCGCAGAUGUAGUUGUCAAAUAUGGCUUAAGGGAGAAAAAGUGCCACAAGCUCAUCCUCUGCAGCAAGUCCGCAUACUUCAACGAUCUCUUUGGCCCCGGGAAGAACUUCGCCGAAGCGAACACCGGCGUCAUCGAGCUUCACGACGAUGACGAGGAAGCCGUUGAGGCAAUGCUACGUUGGCUUUACACGUUUGACUACGAGGACCGUACUUCUUUCGCCGAGGUCGAGGGUAACGCGACGCCAGACUUCCAUCUCGCAGUCUGUCUAGUCGCGGACAAGUACCUCCUCACGCCGCUUUGCGACGAGGCACUAUCCCAACUAUGCAAGGUGCUCGAAGGUCUGCAUCACGGCCAGCUCGUGAAAGUCAUCGAAAAGGUGUACUACUCUGAAACCGCGUAUCCUGUGUCGGUCACUGCCUGCGUGGACGAGGUCCGCAACGCCUUCAUGUACCCUCUCCUUCAAAUGGAGGACUUUCGCGGCCUUCUGCAAACGGACGGGACUACCUGCCUGUCCGUUAUUGACAAGCUGCUCGCUGAUGCAGCGAAGGCGGCAACUCGGAAUAACGCCGCUAUCUUGAGGUGGCACGCGCAGCUUGCGGCAGCAAACAGUAAAGCAGCAGCUGAUGUGAAGGCGAAGAGCGAUGAGAUCGAGAAUCUCAAGAAGGGCUUGAAUACCGUGGCUACCACAAAUCACGUCCUCCAAGGUCAGUUAAAUGAGGCAAAGGCUAAGCAACAGCUCUCCAGGAAGACGUUCACUAUCUGCAAAGGCUGCCGGCGCCGUCAGCUGUGGCCGGAGAAUGCGUGUGGGAGAAAGUGUGACAACUGUAAGAACAUCUUCGGAGUGUCCGAAUGUACAGAGAUAUGGUCGAAAGGUUGAUGGGUGAACGUUUCAUGGUCGCAGAUGCUCACGGGAUGUUGGCCCAGGGAUGGAGCCUGAGGGCCGCUCAAGUCAUGGUGCGCGCUCACUAGAACGUGCACCGUAAGCAUUGCCGGGUUCAU